UUCGCCUUAGUGGUUGACGCUCAGGUGGUCGCCAGACGCGGCCGCGCUGUCUUCGAGGCCGGUUCGUCUUUUCGUCGCCUCGCUCUGUGUGAGUGGUUACAAAAAGUGGAAAGAAACCAGAGAAAAUACAUUCACGUAUUCCAGUGAAACGACAGGAAAAAAAACACUCCACAAAAGAUCUGUCAAGAGAUACGAGUUUUUUUUCCCCAAAGGUAAGAAAAAAUAAACUUGUAAAAGAUCAAAGGCGUGUAAGUUCACUAAAACAAACAAAGCCAAAAUACUAAAAACAAAACCUGCCACGGAGCCCAUAAAGGAAGGCAAACAGCCCCGAGCGACGCGGAGGCCAAUCGUUCCCAGCAUUCCCUAGCGAGGAGUGCGUCGGCGGCCGCAGCAUGGGCGUAGCGGAGAGCGUGCGGGUGGCGGCUGCGGCUGCGGGCGUGUUCGUCACCCUCGCCGUCGUGCUGAUCACGGUGGCGGUGGUGAACAGCUGUGCCGCGCCCACCGCCGACGAAGAUCCCGGCGCCAGCGACCUCCUGUCGCACCUCUCGCUGCUCUACAAAGGCACCUACGUCAUCUACGGCAACGGGCGUCGGAGCGAGCGUGACCUCCCCGUGUGCGCGUACCCGGGAGAGGCCUGCAACCUCGCCCACAAGAGGUUCUGGCUCACGCCCAUCACGGAGCGCCUGUGCCGAUGCCCCGACCGCUCCGAGUGCCCGCUGCACUUCAACGGCCUCAACGACACGCACUCCCAGCACGUCUCGAACAGGGCGCAACUCAAGUUCUGCGGCAACGUGAUGGAGGAGCUCUCGGACUGCAAGGCGGGGGACCUGGCUCUGAAGGUGCGCCAGGUGGAGCGCCACGACCAGCCCUUCCCGUCCACCGUCAGCAGCGUGAACCACGGCGCCGACGUCCACUCCGAGCUGCAGUGCCGGUGCCCGUGGCCGCACCGUUGGACGCUGGCGGAGACGCGCAUCCCCUCGCCCUCUGAGACCGUCUUCAUGUACACGUGUGAUGAGCUCCCCAAAUGCAGAGUGGGCGACGAGUGCGGCCGCAUCCGUGCCGACACCCUGGAGAGCUAUUACUCCUGCUCGUGCCCCGAGAACCACCUGUGUUUAUUCCGCGACCCCCAGUCCACCCACUCCACCAGGCAGCUCCAUUUCCAAGGGAAGGCGUACAAGGCCACGUGCACGCCCAAUUAGGGCCACACCAACCGAGGGCGUGUGGGGUACCCUCCCUCACCCCCUCCUCCUCCCCGCCGCGCCCCUUGGCAUUUCGAGGGCAUGUUUAUUUCUCCUUCCCAUAUUUCUCUUUCCUUCUUUUUUUGAGGGUUAAAAAGGAGGAAGGAAGGGCGUGAGGGAGACACUGUAUACUAAUAGAAACGGGGUUUUACUUAUACAGCCUUUCCUUAUGUCCGACCAUCAAGAGUCAUCGAUUGUAUGCAUUAAGAUCUCAUCAUCUCAUUUCCAGCCCACCCAACUUUCAUUCUCUUUGCUAAUAUUAAGUGGAUUAAGAAACUUGUAAUUGUCACUGGUUCACUACGGUCUAUCAAUACGUACUGACUGUGUUUCUUGAUAUUUAUACAACAGAUUAAAGCUCUUACUGCAAUGUCACAAUUAAUAUUUUCCCUUCCAAAAAUCUGUAUGUGCAAUCAAACAUCUUUUUAAGAAACUGAUGAACAGAUUCAAACCUUGUCACUUCAAAAAUGCAAAGUCAAAUAAAUGUACAGAGGAGAACCUGACCAUACUCUUUCAAUACUUCAAAGUAAAAAUCGUCCACAUC